AUGGCGGUCUCUCCCUCCUCCAGGCCGGGGUCUUCGUCGCCGGCUCCCGGGUCUUCAAGCUCCGGGUGUCCCGGCUCUGAAUCCAGCAUCGACUCCUCGGAGCUGUUGGAAAAGGACCUUCCUGUUGCUGUGACUCUUCUAAACAAUCUCACUGAGCAGGUUGCCUCGGUUACCAGACACGUCCAGGGUUUGAUAAAGAGAGUGAGAAAUGGGAUGUACCAAACAGCCAAGGGGCUCAGUUUCCUGGAGCUGCGCUACCAGCUGCUUCUGCUCUACCUGCAGGAUCUGACCCACCUGCUGCUGAAGAAGGUGGAGGGGAGGAGCCUGAGAGGAGACAGUGGCAUUGAGAGGCUGCUGGAACUGCGAACGGUGCUGGAGAAGAUGAGGCCGAUUGAUCAGAAGCUGAAAUACCAGAUCGACAAACUGGUGCGGACAGCAGUAACUGGAACCCUGGGAGAGAAUGAUCCGCUCCACUUCAAACCGAACCCAGAGAACCUGCUCAGCAAGCUGAGUGAUUCGGAAGAGGAAGGCAGCGAGGGAGAGGAAGGAGAGGCUUGUGGGAAGAGGGAGUCCUCCGGCCCUGCCAGGAAGUACGUUCCUCCGAGACUUGCCCCAAUGCCUUAUGAUGGUGACCAGACGGACGCAGAUAGACAGAAGCAAGUCCUGGAGCGAGCGAAGAAGAGAGCGCUGAGCAGCUCCGUGAUCAGAGAGCUCCGGGAGCAGUAUUCCGACGCUCCGGAGGAGAUCCGGGAACACCAGGACUUCACCUCGGCCAGACAGGGCCAGGAGGAGCAGCACAGGCGCCUGUAUGAAGAGUCCAUGAUGGUCCGUCUGAACCUGUCCAAGAAGGAGCGAAUCUCCCGGAAGAGGGGCAUGCUGGGAAUGACUUCCCAGCUCCGCUCGCUGACGCACUUCCGCGACAUCAGCGCCCUGACUGGGGGAGAGAACGCCGGAGCGGAUCUUGGGAAUCCCAGACCAAAGAAGAAGAAGGGAAUGAAAAAGAAAACCAAAAAGAAGGUUUUCAAGCGUCGAUAAGCAGAUGAAGAGAAGCCAGAAUCUCUUUGAAAAUGCAUCUGGAGUGUGUGUGUGUGUGUGGAAGUGCUGUGCUGUUUUAUCCAAGAAUAAAUCUUUCAUGCAAAAAAAAAAAAAAAAAUUCUGUUUUUGUCAUCUUUUCCUCAAACUCUUGCCGUUGCUCAGAAUUUCAGUUUUUUU